AUUUGUAGCAAACACCUAGCAAGCUAGCUAGCCAGCCAGCCUGCUAGCUAUUGUCAACAAUGUUCCUGUCGUCCCUCCACUCAAAAUAUAUUUGGAGGUAGGGUAGCCUCUAGGGAAAAAAAGGUAUUUCGUAUUUUAAUGUACUGUAAUCCACUGCGUGGAAUAGGCGCCGCCCAUCAGUAGAGGUAAACAAAGUAUCUUCGUCACCUAACGUGAUCGAGCUGGCUAAACAGCAGCCAUCGUCACCCCAGCCGCGUCGUCGCUUGUAAAUGGAAAUAAUUAUCACUUCGCAAUGAAUUGCCGCUCGGAAGUCCUAGAGGUAACAGUGGAGGCGAGGCAGGUGGAGGAAGCUAUGCUGGCUUUGCUGCAUACUAUUUUACUCCACCGCAGCACCGGAAAAUUUCACUACAAAAAGGAGGGCACCUACUCCAUCGGUACCGUGGGCACGCUGGACAUCGACUGUGACUUCAUCGAUUUUACCUUUGUCAGGGUGUCCUCGGAGGAGCUGGACAGGGUGAUCAGGAAAGCGGUGUCUGAAUUCAAGGAUGCCCUGAGCAACUCUGGCAGCGACGGCAUGGGGCAGAUCUCCCUGGAGUUCUACCAGAAGAAGAAGUCUCGCUGGCCUUUUUCAGACGAGUGCAUUCCCUGGGAAGUGUGGAGCAUCAAGGUCAACGUUGUCAACCUGGCCAACGAGCAGGAGAGACAGAUUUGCAGGGAGAAAGUGGGUGAGAAGCUGGGCGAGAAGGUGAUCAACGUUGUUGAGGUGAUCAAUCGCCACGAGUACCUGCCAAAGAUGCCCACCCAGUCUGAAGUGGACAACGUUUUUGACACCAGUCUCAAAGAUGUCCAGCCUUACCUUUACAAAAUCACAUUCCAGAUCACUGACUCUCUGGGCACCUCUGUGAGCACAACCAUGAGAAGGCUGAUCAAAGACACCCUGGCACUGUGAGGAUGUUCCAAGACAGAAAGGGGGGAAGAUCUGGAGGAUUUUAUCCAGAAACUUCCUUAUAAUCAGGCCUUUCAACUCUUUUAUGCUCAAAACACAAUUUGUCAGUUCUGCUCCUGCUACAAUGGCACAGCAUCAGUGUAGACACAUAAUCAGUCUGCUGUGGUUCCCCUACUGCUUGUACCUUAAGACUCUUAUGUAAUGUGUUUAUUUCAAAGAUAUUUUGUUUUUGAAAGAUUUGCUCUUUCCAGAUUUUUUUUUUUCGAUAGUUAGAAAUGCAACUUCAACACAGUAGCAAGUAACACUAUAUAUCAGGUAAAUCCUUUUGAAAAGCUGUGUUGCUGAUCAUGUCAGAUCUGUAAAUUAUUGUAAAUCUUUGACAAUAAAUAUUGCUCAUUGUAAUGGAUGGUAACUGUA